AUGCAAAAAGAAGCAAAAACAGCAUUUAUAGCUCGUCCAAAAUUGAAAUUACGAAAAGUUGAAGCGCCUCCGCACUAUUCGCCACCAAGAAAUAUCCGAUUAAAGCCUCCUUCCCCAGAUCCUCAAACACAAGCAUAUAAUUCUUUCCCCUAUAAUGAAAGACCAGUAUUUAUGAACUACGCGUUGCCCGCUCAGCCAAGCACCUUGGCAAAUCGCUGUUAUAAUUCGGUUGCCAAUCGAAAAUUUAUUAAUAAUGAAUUAAAUAACUUUCUAGAUCAAGUAGAAAAUCCAAAUCCUUCCCUUGCUCCCCUUUAUGAACCUUCAGUUGAUCCAGUUUUACAUAUUGGGCAAUUUAAUGAUUUAGAAAUCAAAUUGGAUGCAAACGAAGAGUAG